CAGCGAAUUCAAAUCCUCCUCCAGAGCGCCGUCGGCGAUUUUCUCGCCGGAGCCGUCGUCUUGUUCCCGUCCGAUCGACUUCAGUGCCGAUCAACGUUAUCCAUCGAGAAGCAAAUUUUCCGGUAAGCUUUUCUCCUCUUUCGCCACUGCUGUUCUGGCUGCGAUCUGUUCAAUUCGUUGAUUAGGUUCAACGAUCGUUGAUCACAUUCGAUCAACAAUAACAUCGUCGAGGAAGCGAUUCUAUGUCGGAGUUACGUUUGAUCUCUGUUUCAUCACCGAUCAAGUUGAGAAAAAUCCGUGCAACCGACGUUAGGUUAAGUUUGAUUUUGUCUUAGGGGAUAGUUUCGUACAUUUUAUUCCAUGUGGCUAUGUCUUCCUCAAUUCCGACUUCCCACAGCUUCUGCUUGUCUAAGUGUACAAUAAUUUUUGUUGUUUCAAAUGUACUGGUGUUUCAGAAUUUAGCUCUUCUUUUCCCGUCUCUUCUGUAUUUAACUUAGUGUUCAGGUGUCACAUUGUUUCACUAGUUUCCGGAAAGUUACUGGAUUCUCUAUACUCAAAAUUCUUGCGUUUGUCUUCUACAGCUCUGUUUAUUUAAGCAAUUAAUCCUACAAGUUUUGAUCUCUGAGAAUGGCAGUGGAACUUAGGAUUUGUCCUUUGUGAAGUGAUAUGGACUCAGUGGUCGCCUUAUAUUCCGUUUCCAAGGUACAUAUUCACCAACGUUGGCAAUGACUGCACCAGCCAAAGGAAGUUCUGCUGGCACACAGGACAAAAAUCCAUUGCUAGACAAGGACAUGGGAAAGGAAUUCCUCAGUUCCUGGAAGACCAUGUCAAUAACAGAAGAUGACCCCAUGGAUUUUAACUUUGAUCUUCCUGCCAAUAACAAAAAGAAUUUCAACUUUGAGAAGUUGGAUAUGGGUUUCAGUCUGGAUGGUGAUUUUGGAAAGUUAUCAUCAUUCAAAGUGGAUAUGCCAGACUUUGAUUUCUCGAGCCCAUCCAAGAAAACUGAGAAAACAAAAGAAACUUCUGAUGAUAAACCCAGCGGAAAUUCCAAACAGAAAAAGGAUCUGUUUUCCUUCUCCUUUGAUUUUAAUGAACUAGAUGACUUUGAUAUUGAUUCAAGUUUACGAAAGAAGGGGAGUGACACCUCAACCAAGACUAUGGACCGUAACGAAGUUCCUACUGAAAGGAAAAUGGAUGAUUUUGACGCUUUGGAGUUUGAUUCCGACUUACUGACAAAUGGACAAACUACCUCGGUGGGGAGUUUAGAUGUCAGAGCAACUGCUUCAGAGAAGAAAGAGAAACAUAGUUCAAAAACUUCAGAUACUGUGGUAAGCACAAAACAAGCUGCACUAGAGAGCAUGGAAAGUUCUAUGGUGGGAUCGCCACAAUCUCCAGAGACAAGCAACUCCAAAACUGAUAGAAUCUGUCUAGAACUUCAAUCGUUAUGCACUUCCCCAGAUAAGACGUCAUGCCCCAUGAUUGAAGAAAUAGAUGAACAACGCCCUUUGCAUGAGACCAUGGCACCAUUGCCAUCACAUACUUUUGAGGCUGCACUGACUGCCGUAGCGGGAGAAACUGGUCCAGAUGUCCAUGAAUUCUGCAGGUCUGACGCAAAAGAAGACUCUGCUGGAAGUCCAGAUCAGAAUGCACAUGAUAGUACUAAUUGCACCUUGGCAUCCAGUCACGAGGGGAUAGAACCAAUUUCAUCUCAGUUAUGUACUGCUGAACAAGACAUAAUUGGCCACGAACAGAACGAAAUGGGUACAGAUACUGUGGUGAAGAUUAUGGAUCAGAGUAGAACAAUACUAAUUGAUCCAGAUAAAGGAUGUUCUCUAACAGCUCUCUCAGGAAAAUUACCACCAGAAACCUGUGUCAGACAAAAUGUCCAGAUGCAAGAUCCAUGCAUAAAGCUUCUCAUGGCUCCAUCCCGCAGGAUGCUGAAACUCGAUGAUUCAAAGACCACAGAGAAGGCAGGAGGACUCAUUCGCUCCAGAGUUUUUAAGAGACCUGAUCAACCUGAAUCUCAGGUCCUUAAAACUUCCCCACAUCGGUUGGAAUUUCCAACAUCGAGAAGUGCUAAAAAUGCCCAAACUGAAUUCAAAUAUUCUAAAACACUCAGCAAUGUAUCACCGAAAGCUGAUCAUGCCAACACAGAUUCUGGAAGGAAUGUGUCGAAUGACAGUGCUAAGAGCAGUUCUCACGGGACGAAAAUCCGCAGGGACCAUUUAAAUCCCGAUACUGUGACUGUGGGCAAUGAAACUAAACUAGACGAUUUUUCGAAGCUGCAAGAUAAAAGUACGACUAAAGAGAGGCCCAUCAUGCAGAUGGGUGAUAAAGAUUCAUGCUCCCAAGUUGACGCCUCUAGCCCAACUGAAAAGACGAGUAAACUUUUGAAUUCUAGAACAUGUUUGCAUAAGCCCGAGGUCUCAUCUCUUGAAAGGCUUAAGGUUGGAAAGAUUGCGUCAAAUGUUACCGGGGUGAAAACCCUGAGGAAUGUUGGAGCAACUAAAGAUCAAUCGGACACCACAUUGCACCAGCAAGUUAACUCUUCAAUAAAUAAGGAGCAAAAUAUGAUACAUGCUCCUAGGAAGAAGAGCUCUGAGAUUCAUCACUCGUUUGCCAGAGACAAAACACCAGUGCUGCAGCUCUUUUCAUUGAAGAGGAAAGCUCUUGAUGAGGACCCAAAUGUAGGUGUAUCGCCAUUGAAGCCAUUCAAACGCGUCUCUGCGUCCCCCGGCGAAAGCAGGAAUCCUGAUAAGUUAUUGCAUAGAGGUGAUGAGGGAAAGUUUUGUAGCCAAGAUAACAAAACGGAGAGCAGAACAAAGAACCUUACUUGCAACAAUAGUCCGGAGCGUGGGCUGGAAGCUCGUCAGCAGAUAAACCUGGCAGAACUAGAGAUCCCUGUAACAGAGAACGAUGAUAAUGUGGCAAAGGCUGAAGCAUAUGCAAAAGAGCUUGAGAAUAUUUGCAACAUUCUCAGGAAGAAACAGGAGGAAGCCAAAGAGCUACUUGUUCGCGCUGUAGUGAACAACAAUAACCUGCUGAUGCUCAACCAUCCACUAUAUGAACAGAAGAUCCGCGUGGUUCAGAAAUUUGCUGCCAGAUUGACUUCCAAGGAACUUCCUAUGCAGUUUUCACAAACAAUGGUUACUUAAGAAGAGUGGAGUUGGUCCGCCUUGAAGUUGCGAAACCAUCGUCGAUUAGGAACGUUGACACCACAAUAUCCAGAGGUACGCAUGUAGAAUUUCUAUCUGUGUUCACCGGUUGAUGAAAAGGUCAAACUUUGGGACGUACAUAAAUCUGGUGAGAUGAACGAGCACUAUUAUUAAAGAAAAAAACGCUUCCUUGUCGAACUCUAUCCAAUUCAAAAGAACUUGAAAGGAAUAAGCGCUGCUCGGGUUUGCAGUUUUUUUAAACAAAUUCGGGUUCAUUAAAAAAAACAAAUACGUAUGAAUACAACACGUGUGGUGACAAAAAAAAAGAGAGAAAUAAUACCCCACACGUGUAGGUGAUCGGCAGACCAAGCAUAUUUACCUGUAGAUUAUUAUACGUAUUUAGUUUUUCAUCUAGUAGAUUGAUUGAUGUAUGCGUAUGCCCACUGAAAUGUGUGAAAAAGUCUGAGGUGAUAGACAAAAGCAUAAAUCAGAUAUGACU